AUGACGGUGACCUUCAAAGUGGACGCUGAAGCACCAAUGGCAAACGAUGGGCAAAAGGUUGUACUGAUCACUGGAUGCUCCUCUGGAAUUGGUUUAACUCUUGCUGUCCAACUUGCAAAUGAUACCAAGAAACAAUUUUAUGUUAUUGCUACGAUGCGAAAUUUAAGUCGUAAAGGAAAGCUUGAAGAGGCCGCGGGAGAGAGCCUGAACAAGACGUUACACAUCCAGCAGCUGGACGUUUGCAAUGAUGAAUCGGUGGCAGAAUGUCUCGGCAACGUUCAAGGUGGAAGAAUUGAUAUUCUGGUGAACAACGCAGGGGUUGGAAAGAUUGGUCCAAUAGAAAGUCUAAGCAUGCAAGAAAUGAAGCAUAUGUUUGACACAAACUUCUUUGGAGUCGUCCGGAUGGUUAAGGCAGUGCUCCCGGGUAUGAAGAAAAGAAGAAGUGGUCACAUUGUUAUGAUGAGCAGUGUGAUGGGACUUCAAGGAAUUGUAUUCAAUGAUGUCUAUGCUGCUUCUAAGUUUGCCAUGGAAGGAUUUUGUGAAAGUCUUGCCGUUCAGCUUUUGAAGUUCAAUGUAUAUGUUUCAAUGAUUGAGCCUGGCCCUGUGAACACAGAAUUCGAAAUGAAACUCAUGAAGGAAGUGUCGUGUUCAGAAUUUCCAGGAACAGACUCAGAGACAAUCCAAUACUUUAAAGAUGUCUACCUGCCUGCUGCUCAUGAUAUUUUUGUGACACUGGGGCAGUCUCCAGAGACAAUUGCCAAGGCAACCAUCAAAGUGAUAAAAAUGGAACAACCAGUAUUUCGUUACCAGACCAACAGACUGUACACACCAUUAACAGCAAUGAAGUAUGCUGACAAUACAGGAAAUCUGUCUGUUCGAAUGUUUUACAAUUUGCUUUUUAAUCAUGGAACUCUCUUUAAGAUAAGUUUGAACUUCCUCAGAAUUGUCACAUGCAGCUGUUUUCGUAAUGGUGCAGUUUCACCAAACUGAUCAAAAAUGUGAAGAACUAGCUUUCAGGACAUACCGCUAUCAUUUAUAGUGGCAUUGCCUUUUGCAUUUCUGUGCAAAACAAGUUUUAUAGUGCUUAUGCAAAUAGAUUUUUUUGAAAAUUCUACAAAGGUGACAAUAUACUGACAGUAAAAAAAUACAGUAAGUUUCCCUGUAAUAAUAAAAUCCAGCUUAAGUAUUCAGGAGGAA